AUGAUCAAAACCAAACAGAGUUAUCCUCAAAGCAAGGCUGCGAGACCCAACAGACCCGAAAGCCUGGAAACGCUGCGUUUCUCUCCAGAACUUGAUGGCGGACUCGAUUGCUCAGCUGCAGGCACGGCGGUGGGGGAAGAGUCGCCGCUGACGAUCCGGACUUGUUCCACAACCAAGUUCGUCGAGUUGAAGCAGUUAGAUACGGUCACAGGGGGCACCUUUGAGCUGUCAUCCGUAAACUCGACGUCGGCGCACUGCGUCGCGGGAAGGUCAUUGGAAUACGCCGGCGCACCAUGGAUAUGGGUCUGGACGGCCUGGAUGGACGCCUUGUCGCCAGCCUUGAGCCCCAACCCUUCGGGCAGCGGCAGGUGUGGAAUACAAAAGGUCCCCGGGAAAGGGUUGUCGCCGGCGGGCCCGCGGAUGCGAAAGACUGACGUGAUGGGCUGGGAGCAGUUGCGCGGCUCCUCGCCGACGCAGAGGUUGAUGUACCACAGCGACUCGGAGUGGCCGCGGAACCAGCCGGGCUGGGCCGCAAAGGCGCCUCCGGUCAGCGGGUAG